ACCAUCAUCAUCAUCUCUUGGUGACAGAAGAGAAGAGUUGAGGAACAGAGAAAAUGGCAGCACAAGCACUUGUGUCUUCUUCGCUUACCUCCUCUGUUCAGACAGCUAGACAGAUAUUUGGCUCCAAACCAGUUGCUUCUGCGUCACAGAGGAAGAGUUCCUUUGUUGUUAAGGCUACAGCAACUCCACCUGUCAAGCAAGGAGCAAACAGACCAUUGUGGUUUGCAUCAUCGCAGAGUCUCUCUUACUUGGAUGGCAGCUUACCUGGUGACUAUGGAUUUGACCCACUUGGUCUUUCAGACCCAGAGGGUACUGGAGGAUUCAUUGAGCCAAGAUGGCUAGCAUACGGAGAGAUCAUCAACGGACGGUUUGCCAUGUUGGGUGCAGCUGGAGCUAUUGCUCCUGAGAUUCUAGGAAAGGCUGGUCUGAUUCCACCAGAGACUGCUCUUCCUUGGUUCCAAACCGGUGUGAUUCCACCAGCAGGGACAUACACUUACUGGGCAGACAAUUACACUCUCUUUGUUCUCGAGAUGGCUCUGAUGGGAUUCGCUGAGCACCGAAGGUUACAGGACUGGUACAACCCAGGAUCUAUGGGAAAGCAGUACUUCUUGGGGUUAGAAAAGGGUUUGGCCGGUUCAGGAAACCCGGCUUACCCCGGUGGACCUUUCUUUAACCCUCUUGGGUUUGGGAAAGAUGAGAAGUCCUUGAAGGAGUUGAAACUCAAGGAGGUCAAGAACGGUAGACUGGCUAUGCUCGCCAUUCUCGGUUACUUUAUCCAAGGACUAGUGACCGGUGUGGGACCUUACCAGAACCUGCUCGAUCACUUGGCUGAUCCCGUCAACAACAACGUCUUGACCAGCCUCAAGUUCCACUGAGGUGAUCAUCACCCCAUGUGUUUAAUGUCUCUUGUAUCGUACAAUCUUUCUAUCUUUCGCUACUACCAUUGGCUUCUUCGUAUUGUAAGACCCUGUGUAAACAUAUUCGUGUUUUGUAAGAAAUGACAAUGUCAAUG